UCACAUCCAUCCAUCUAGGCUUCCAUCAACAUUCAACCCCACCCUCUUUUCUCUUCUCUUCUCUUUAACCAAACAUGGGAAGGUCCCCAUGCUGCGAUAAGGUCGGCUUGAAGAAAGGCCCGUGGACCCCCGAAGAAGAUCAGAAGCUUCUAGCGUAUAUCCAAGACCACGGCCAUGGAAGCUGGCGCGCCCUCCCUCCUAAAGCCGGGCUUCAGAGGUGCGGGAAAAGCUGCAGAUUGCGUUGGACCAACUACUUGCGGCCCGAUAUUAAGAGAGGGAAGUUCAGUUUACACGAAGAGCAGACGAUCAUUCAGCUUCACGCCCUUCUCGGAAACAGGUGGUCUACCAUAGCCAGCCACCUGCCUAAGAGGACUGAUAACGAGAUCAAGAACUACUGGAACACUCAUCUAAAGAAACGCCUUGUCACAAUGGGUAUCGACCCGACCACUCAUAAGCCCAAGAACCACGCCCUCGGCUGCAGCCAACCUAAGGAGAUAGCCAACCUGAGCCACAUGGCACAAUGGGAGAGCGCCCGCCUCGAAGCCGAGGCACGUAUCGUCCGCGAAUCAAAGUCCAACUCCUUCACCUCCCAAACUAUGAGUGGUCCGCCCCCCACCCGCCCGCCUUGCCUCGACAUACUAAAAGUCUGGCAGGGCACAUGGAUGAAGAGAAAAGAAGCCGUCUUCGCCUCCAUCGCCAACCUUGAGUCCCCAACGUCGAUACUCAACUUCUCGGAUAACAACACAAUCCCAAACGUCGUCGGAUUGAUCAACAACACCACCAACUUCGUCGGACCAUGCAAGGGCAUUUUGGGAAAUUCAAUGCAGGUGCAUGAUCCUACCAAUUACACCAACCUACCUGAUUCAUUGAGCUUCUUGGAUGGCUUCGGAGAUCUCCAUGGCUCCGGACAAGGCGAUAAUGUUGUGUUCGAGGACAACAAGGCUAAUAACUACUGGAGCAAUAUUCUGAACGUCGUCAAUUCGCCAAUGGGUUCGCCUGUUUUCUAAACGUCGCCGUUUCAUAUCAUUAAUAUAGUUUUGUGAGUGUGUGUUGUCUUCAUUAGUUAUAUGUUUGUUGAAUUCAGAUUGUGAUAAUUGAUCGAUGCAUGUCGUGUUGGUUAUGAUGAGUCUUCGUUCUGUUUAAUUUCUUGAUUUAUGUGGAUCAUCAAAUUAAUGUAGCAAUAAAAAAAAAUCCAAAAAGCUCUAGUUUAUUGAUUAUAUGCAGCUAGCAGA